CGGCCCCGCCAGACCCCGCGGGGCGGCCGCCGGGGUCAGCGAUGGGCCCCAGGUCGGCCAAGCCCCGCGGGGCGCCCGAGGCCCCGCCGCCCUUCGCGCGCGUCGCGCCCGCGCUCUUCCUCGGGAACGUGCGCAGCGCCGGCGCCACGGAGCUGCUGGAGCGGGCGGGCGUCACGCUGUGCGUCAACGUCUCCCGCCUGCAGCCCGGCCCCAGCGCGCCCGGCGUGGCGGAGCUGCGGGUGCCGGUGUUCGACGACCCGGCCGAGGACCUGCUGACGCACCUGGAGCCCACCUGCGCCGCCAUGGAGGCCGCGGUCCGCGCCGGCGGCGCCUGCCUCGUGUACUGCAAGAACGGCCGCAGCCGCUCGGCCGCCGUGUGCACCGCCUACCUCAUGCGGUUCCGCGGCCUCAGCCUGGAGCGCGCCUUCCAGAUGGUGAAGGACGCCCGACCGGUAGCCGACCCCAACCCCGGCUUCUGGCUUCAGCUGCAGAAGUACGAGCAGACCCUCCAGGCCCAGGCCGGCCCGCCCGAGGCGCCGGCCGAUUCCGGCGGAGGGGAUCGGUGACCGGGAUCGCCCCGUCCCGUGCCCGGCGCCGGAGCCCCGGGGAAGGGGUGGCCGUCCCCACUGUGCCCCGUCUGCUUGAAGUGUAGGCCCUUCGUCCCUCCUUAGCGGCCGUGCCGCUGCCUUUGCCAGCUUUGUCAUGCAAGGUGGAGGGUGGCCCGAGGCCCGGUGUCCCCUGCCCCGGGCUGCCCCAGGCUGCCGGCCGCCGCGGCCACCCUGGCGCCGCCCCUGCCCGGCUUCUCGGAACUGGACGUGGCAUCCUCCGUGUUCAGGCUUACUCCCACCUGCCCAAGAUGGCAGCUUCCACCUCACUCAGCAUGUGUCCAUUAGCAUCAUGUCAUUAGCGUCACGGCCUCUGUAAGGCCAGCCAGGGGCCAGUCCUCCCCCUGCUGGAGGGCAGGCCCACCCGCUGCCCGUCUUCUUGUCCUCCCUAGUUUAGGCACACUCUGCGCGGUCUGGACAACUAGUCACCAACGACAUUCCUCAAAGAGGGAGGAAAGAGAAAACAAAUGAGUUACUGAUAGUUAAUAUAUUCAAAUAUAUAUAUAUAUAUGUGAAGCAAUGAAUAAAGUGCCAUCGUUGGUGUUCCUUUCC